UUCAGAUAUUUAUACAAAUUUUUUACACUGCGUAAAUAGUUGUAGUUAUCACAUUCGUUUAAUUAAUAAACAGAAUUCUUAGACAAUUUAUUUAAAAGCAGAAGCUAUGGACUACGCUCCUUUAAAUUUGGCGCAUUUUCAUGAACGGCGGGCUAAUCGCUUUCUCCGGCGACAUCGAUAUGACGACGCUUACAAGGCUGUAGAAACUUCUUUAAUAUAUCUGCAAGAUGCAUUUAAAUCGGCAUUAAUGCCAAAAUCUGUGGAGUUGCUAAAUACGCAAAAAUGGGAAUAUCAGCGAAAAUUAUGCCAAAUACAAAUGCACAAACAACAACACGAGCGUUUGAAGCACAGGGAAAUUGUACCACUGGCUGCUCCGCCAGUUAUGUUAUUGAGAACUGAUAGCAAUCUUAACGCACAGUCAGUAGGCAAAUCCAUUGACAGAACAGUACGAGAAUUUGAUGUUAAACUUAACCUAUCACCAAUGAAGCACACGAACAGUAAAGAAGCUAACGAUUUAAGACCAAAUUCGAAUGCUAGUAUUGAAAGAGCAGCUUCCGCCAAGGCACAUAUGAAUGUUACGACUACGCCAAUUGCGCAGCCACAAAAUAUACGGGCUAGGAGUGCGGGGGACAAACCAGCUUUUUAUUUCAACGACAACGAUGAGAUACCAUCUUUAACACCGCUUGAGCUACCUUCUUUCGAAUACCAAUCCUUUACUGCUUCCACACCAGCAUUAACCGAUUUAACCGCGAAUUUACAUAAAAAAUAAAUUUGCCCUUUCGGUAUAACAAUUAGAUCUCUAACGUCAGCAGAAAAUUUAUUACCUGCAAUAGAUGUUUCAAAUACAUUAUAAAUAGUACAUACAUAAAUAUCAUAUAA